AGAGGGGCCGCGUGGGCCAAUUCGUCGGUCACGUGAUGCAAUGCGGCCGUCAUCGGCUGCGCGACCGCGGGAGUAUAUGCCUUUAGUCACUAGUUGGUCUCGAGGGUGUUGCUCUGUCUUGAAGAGGAGGCCUAAUCUCCUGCACACCUGUUAUGUCCGUGCCAAGCUAUUAAUACAUCUCCUGGACUGGCCUUGUUGGUCGAAGAGGAUCCACUGGAUGUCACUUAGAAGACUAUCAUGCAUUCAUCCUGGCUCAUUGGAUGCCGAGCGGUGCGCAAAAAGUAUUUACCAUAUCUCACCUAAUGAUCCCAGAGGCAGCAACCAGAGUGAAGUGAAGUAGACCUGUUCCCCCCCCCCCCCCCCCCCCCCCCCAGAUGGCAGAUGGUGAAGAAUUUGAGUUUGUUAUCAUUGAAUGGAUCGGAAGUAACUUGAAAUGAUAUUCAAUACUUUAUCCUUUCUUUCUGGAAUAUUUCAAAUCAUCGCGCGAGGAAGCCCUCCACACAUGCAUACAGUAUCUGGAUUUGGGUGCAGAUGUCUCUCCAGUUUCAAAAUGAAGAAUCAAUAAUAAUAAUUAAAAAAAUAAAUAAAGUAGAAGUUUGCCAUUGCUAAAGCCUUGACCACCUUCCCUGCCUGAACUGAAGCAAUACAACUCAAGUCAGUCUUGACAUGAUGAUAGCAGUGUAUUCCAGAAAGUGUAUCCUACAAACUGACCCCAUUACCAACCAACGGAAGGUCUCGAUGCGUCCUUUAAUCCACCAGGAGUCCCGAUUGCAGGUUGAUGUUGGUAUAUAGAGAUCAGUGCAGCCAUGGAUCCAUUGUGGAACCAGAAUCCGCCUGGGCGCCCCGCCUAUGGGACGGAGAAGCUCCAACCCAGAAAUUACUCACUGGUUUUACUUUUUCAACUCAGCCUGCUCUCCUUCGACCUGUUUGUCAACUCAUUCAGUGAGCUGCUGAGAGAUGAACAAGCAGUCCAGCUGGUACUUUUCGUAAUUCAGGACAUUGCCAUCUUGUUCAACCUCAUCAUCAUUCUUUUGAUGAUGUUUAACACCUACGUGUUCCAGAUCGGUCUGGUAGCCAUAUUGCUGGAGAGAUUUAGAGCUUUGCUAAUGCUCUCUACACUCUAUUUGACCUUCAGUGUAACACUACAUUCCUGGUUCAUGAAUCUGCGAUGGCUAAAUACCAACCAAUUUAUUUGGACAGAUGGCCUUCAGGUGUUGUUUGUGCUCCAAAGAGCUGCUUCUGUGUUGUACUACUACUUCUACAAGAGGACCUCAGAGUAUUUGGGUGACCCCCGCCUCUAUGAGGAUUCACCAUGGCUGCGAGAGGUCUUUGCACAAGACCGGCAGUGAGACACCCCCAAGAAUGUUUAGCUAAAGACCAGUGAUGCUGUAAAAUCCACAACACCAGGAGCGUGUGGUUAAUGGGACCAAAAAAAAAAACAUGCAAGAAAAACAACAAUGAGAAUGAUCUGCUUUCAGUUGCAUUUCACGUGUGCUUUUUGCACAGUCUCAAAAGCUGCUUGUUUUUAUUUUUACAAGAAUAAUACAUUGACGUAAUUUAUGUCACCAUACUUAUCCGUAGACUGAAAUUGCCACAUCACACAGGAAUCACGGUAGUGAAAAAUGUAAUUCCCAUGUGCCAAAAUGUGUAUAUCUUAAGUUGUUUUAAAGGUUGAGUGUCAUGUUGAGACUUAUGAACAGAGAUUUAUUUAAAGUUUAUUAGUCACAUUUUUUUUAUGCUGCAUCUUUUAACGACCAUGUAUUUCCACUGAUCUAUAUACACUUCAGACUAUGAA